AUGGAAAAGCUUGAAUCCCCCAAAGCGGCCAGCUCGCAGAUCAAUGGGCAGAACACAGCCUAUACUACGCCGCCGAAUGGUGGUCUCCAAGCCUGGCUGCAGGUGGCAGGCUCGUUCUUCCUCUUCUUCAACUCAUGGGGAACCGUGAACACAUACGGUGCCUUCCAAACCUACUAUGAAAUCGGCCUGCUUAAGGACCAGUCCAGCUCAGACAUCUCCUGGAUUGGUGCAAUCCAAGCUUUUCUCCUCCUUCUAAUCGGAGUCAUUACCGGUCCCCUAUACGACUCGGGGUACUUUUACAUUCUCAUCCUCACCGGCUCCGCCCUCAUCGUAGUCGGAUUCAUGACACUCAGUCUCUGCACCUCAUACUGGCAAGUCCUCCUCGCUCAAGCGUUCUGUAUCGGACUCGGAAACGGAUGUCUCUACAUCCCGUCUGUGGCCAUAAUUCCAAAAUACUUCUCCUCGCGGCGUCCAAUUGCCAUAGCCCUUGCCGCGUCGGGAAGCAGCCUCGGAGGCGUUCUCUAUCCUAUAAUCUUCCGUCAACUCCAGCCUCGCAUCGGCUUCGGAUGGGCCACGCGAACCCUCGGAUUCAUAGCUCUCGCAACGACUGCCUUUUCCAUGUCCGUCAUGCGCGUGCGCCAAAUCCCCAAGCACAGACGCGUCUUGACCGAAUUGUCCGCCUUCAAAGAGAUUCCAUACACCUUAUUCUGUGUGGCCAUGUUCUUCGGUUACAUUGGCUUCUUCAACCCUAUCUUCUACGUCGAAGCUUACGCCAUCCAAAAGCAUGCUGUAGGCGAGCCCCUCGCUUUCUAUCUUGUCUCUAUCCUCAAUGCUGCGUCCGUUCCGGGGAGAAUCAUCCCAGGUCUUCUAGCCCCGCGAUUCGGCCCGUUGAAUAUUCUCCUGGACAGUGCUGUUAUAAUCCUGUAUGGAUUCUUCUCCGGGGCUUUUGUUGCACUUCCCGCUGUGGCUUUGACCUCCCUCACUCCGAACCUUGACACCUUGGGAACGAGACUUGGUAUGUGCUCGGUGUUGUGUGGGUUGGGGUCUCUAUGUGGUUCACCUGUUGCGGGUGCUAUUUUGGAUAAUACGGGGUCGUAUUUGGGGGUACAGCUGUACUCAGGGCUUAGUAUCGUAGCUACGGGUCUGCUAUUGCUCUUUGCAAGGAUAUCGAAGAAUGUCUGA